AAGUCUCUUCACUGCUGUCUGUAAUGGUGCUUCCCACUAUUAAUUAUUCCGAAUGGUAAUAAUUUAUGAUUCAUUGCCCUGUGGUCUUGAUCAACACGAAAUUAAAGAGAGCGACAGAACGUAAGGAUUCAUUUUUAUCUCAAAACACUUCCCUACUAUGCUACGUUUUGCAUUUUGCAUUAAAACUCCUUUUUAGCUCUGGGGGGUGAAGUUAUCAGCAGUCGAACGUCACUUUCGAUAACUCGAUUUACAAGCAGACGAAAAUUAUCCGUUUAUUUGUUCAAAGACUGUAAUGGCACAGUCUUUUCUAUUUUUAUUCCUUAAUGAAGUCUCGUGAUGUUAUUUUCGGAAAAAAGUUUAUUGAUGGCAAGUAAAGUAGCAGACGGCUAGCAUCUCUAUCUUGUUUUGACACGGAGUGAUGUGUUAAGAUUAUGUCCUUCAUAUAUAGUUGAAGGGCACAAGAACUCUUUCGUUUCCAAUUAACGCUUGCUGGAAAUACAUGUUUUGUUACGUAAAGAAAUGAUUGCUUUGCUGAGUUUGCAGUCGAAACUCCUCCACAGAAUGGUGAUAGUCCGCUCGUGUAGUGUAUGCUUUGAAACAAGGCCACAAGUUUGCUGAAGCGGCAAAAAUGCAGCGAAUUUCGUACGCCGGGAGAUACCCGGAGCAGAGUUUGAAGACUCCGCCGGCUUCCUUACUUCUGGUGUCAGUGUUAGGGUCGUUUGUUCUAGCAGCAGGCUCAGUAAUUCUUCUGGCACCAGAAGACCGCAUUUCUGUUGCCCGUGGGGCCUGGCUUUCAGGGCUUGGGCUUAUCUUCUUCGUUUCGCUGUUUGAUCUCCUUAAUCAUGUGGCAUUGCAGACGAAUGUGGGACAUGUGUUCCGAAAAAAAUACGAACUGACAUUGUAUGAAGUCCUCGAUAUUUCCAACAAAACUGUGUCAGCAGUUCAGGCAGUAUUAUCGUGUAUCACGGGAUCCAUUGUAUGUAUGUGGUCAUGCACACGUGACUUCCUGCGAUCUUCACAUUUCAUGUCAGAAGCAUAUGCAUGGUUUGGUGCUUCGUACUUCUUCUAUGAUAUAUGGUCAAUGUACAAAGUCCAUACAUCUGGCAAAAGUGAUGUGGAGCGACAACAGCACAGUGGUCACUGCCUUGCGCAAUGGAGCGAUUACAUUUGCAAACAGCCAAUGAUAGUACUUCAUCAUUUGUUUAUUGGCUCAUUUGGAUUCCUCGUCAUUGUUCAUCUGAGAGGUGACUUAGGGGACUGUAUAUUUGGGGUUGUGUACCUUAUGGAACUCAGUACACCUUUUGUCUCUUUUAGAGGCAUCCUCAGUAAGUUAAAGAUGAAGUCAUCACAGCUUUAUGUGGUCAAUGGUCUAGUCAUGCUAGUCACGUUUUUUCUCUGCCGUGUAAUUACGCUCCCGUAUGUCUGCUAUAAGUACAGUGACUAUGUAGGCUUGUCAUUUUGGGAGGCUUUCAUAUCACUACCUACUGGUUGUAAAAUUAGCAUAGCCAUAUUGAUGUUUCCUCAGAUAUAUUGGUUUAUUCUGAUGGUAAAGGGUGCAUUUUCAGUUUUUUUUCCAGUGAAGUAAAACAGCAUCGCCAGUUAAAAAAUAUAACUAUUGUGCAGUAAAUACCCAUUAAUUUAGUUGUGAAUGUUUCACCUUAUGCCAGCGGGAAGAGAGCAUUCACAAUUUUCUGUCCUUGUAAUACAGUUGUGCAUAGCUAUUCCUGCCUGUGGUAUUUAAAGAUCUGACAUUCUCUUUCCUUCAUAACGUGCAGGAUAAAGCUAAACUGAAAUUUCAUGUGUGUGAUAGAUUGGUUUGUGGGGAUUAAGAAAUGCUGUGUUAGGAUUUUCAGAUACAGAUUAAAUGUUGUGUGCUGUUUUUUUAUGAAAUGCAUAAAGUAUUGGCGACAAUAGUUCCUAUAUGUGCGUAGAUGUGUGUAUAUGUGUCUAUAUGCAUGGCUGUCAUGCUGCCAAAAAAUGUGCAUUUAAUAUGAUUGUAGUUCAGUAUUGACCAACAUUACCAGAGUCAAAUGCCUCAACCAGAUUCGCGCACACCUGCAGAAAACCUAAACAUUUUAUGGAGAAGAAAUAAUUAACUAAUAAAUAUGUGUGUAGAAAGGGUGUUAACAGCUUUUAUAAAAACGAUCAAUAACAUUCCACAGCUCCUUGUUAAUUUCUGUGUUAUACUGUGGAACAUGGCUGCUGUAAUCAUUUCAACACUCUUAUUUCCGCAUAUCUACCAGAAAUUAUUUUUUAAUAUUGACAACUUCUGAGAUUAAUGUGUUUAGCAUUUAUUAUUACAUGGGAGAUGCUUAGAGUUGCUCUGUCAGUUUGCUUGUUACUGCAACAAGCAAUAAACUGGAGAACAUCUGUCCUUAUAGGUGUGUGACACUACCUGUUAGGAACACAAGAUUGAUGUAGUUUUCUUUCUGCAUAGGAGGGAGUUUUGUUUUGGCUUCAAAUUUAUGAUAAUUGGCGUAAAAGAAUGAAAAUUAACCAGUAUAUUAUAUUGCUGUUUCAUUAAAAGACUGAAUAAAAUGUAACAGAAUUUUCCACACUCUCUGGAGAGAAAAACACCUGUACUUUUAUUAUGCAGAUUUAACAAUAUUAUUUGAUAAAAAUUUUAGGUGAAUGUAUGAAAUAAGAUUCACCAUUCAAAUAACACAUUAGAAGACUGAAGAUGGAAAUUUGAAAUUAACAUGUCUGUGGACAGAGGUAGUUACGAAGCAGUUGCCACAAAAAGUGCAGACAUAGAAAAAGAUCUGAUAUUUGAAGAAAAACUGUUUACUGCCAGGACUAAUAUAAUGGAAAGAAAUAGUAAAAUGAGUAGUCACUUCAUACUGAACUCUCACUUUGUCAGUGGGAGAGAUACCCCUAUCAUUGCUUCAAGAUUUUCGUUACUAUACUCAAGUCUUGUGAAAUUGACAUCAGGUCUUUUGUCAAAGUUCACUCCCAGGGCUAUAAUAUUAUGUCAUCAUACCUUGUAACUUUUUCAGUAAGCAGAAAGUUCCUGUCGUAGGGAUGUAUACUCUCCUCGUUUGCUUGUUUGUGUACUCAUAUAUUGUUCUAUUUGUCAUUCACUGAUAUUUUCUCUUUUCCUUUCCCAUCUCAAUUUAGAAAAUACGGCAAACUUCCUUGUAUGGUAUCUUUAAUUUGAUACAUCAAAAUCACUUAUUGUUCUGUUUAUAAUUAUCAAAAAGUGUGAAUUUGUAAGUUGUGCAUUUUAUUUUUGUCAAAUUAUCAAAAUUGAAUUUGAUGCCACAGUGCAGUAUUAAUGUGUUUAGAAGUGAAAAUCAACUCAUUACACAUCCAGGAAAUGUUAGAUUUUUAUGAGCAAAACCAAAAAUUAUGUUGCAGUAAUUUAAUUACUCUGGUUUGUGCUAGAGAACUUGCUUUCUUACUGUUAAAGUAUACCCAUUAAUAUUUUUUGUAGCUUUUCAUCUUGUGGGGCAAUUUAAUGAUUCUGAAAACAUUUUGAUGUUGCAUCCUAAAUAAAAGUUUGCCAACACUAAUUUCUGUUUGUACGAGAGUUGCCCAGAAAGUAAUGCACCACAUUUUUUCUUCAACAAUUCUUUACUGAACAUAAUGAGAAUUAAACACACAAAAGAAUGGUGUUUUAUCUACACACCCAAGUUUUCCACAUAAUCUCCAUCCCAUUCUAUGGCCUUCAUCCAGCGAGAAACAAGGGCGUGUAUUCCUUGACGGUACCAAUCCUUGUCCUGGUGGAAUUGCAUCCACACUUCCUUUGCUGAUUGACAGAUGCAGCGCCAACUGCCGACUUAAAAUUCGUCUGUCCUCGUGAAUUGCAACAUAAUAUCGGUGCAACAUGUCAGGUGUGACAGCUGUGGGUGGUCUGACCAACCACUGCAAAUCGUGGCACUCCUGCGAACUGCCUUCUGAUGACCUCAACCUCCAUGUCCAGUGACUAACUGUAUUUCUGUCGACAGCAGAUGCCCCAUACACUUUGCACAAGCGUUUGUGAAUAUUACCCACUGUUUCUUUCCUGCAGUGAGAGAUUCAAUGAUGGCAUGUUGCUUGUAAUGUACGUCACCUACAGACGCCAUUUUGAAACUGUCCUGCAGCUAUGCUGUUUGUCGGACGUUACGAAAACUUGGUGUGCACUCUCAGGAGACUUCAAAUUAUACAUACGUAACUUUUGUAUUCGUAGCGUUGUUUCUGGCUAAGAAAAAAAAAAGGCAAUGCCUUACUUCCUGGGCAACCAUCGUUAUAUAUGGUAGGAUUAUGACUUCUUUAUAACCCCAUGUUCUUGUGCCGUAAGUCGAUGAACUUCUGUUAGUGGGUAGCGAAAAAUGUGCUCAUUUAUGUCCAUUUCCUACUCUGGUUUGUUCUGGGAAUUUGAUAGUCUCGAUGUUUCUUGAGUCCAAAAACUUUUUCAUGAACAAGUUGCUGCAUAGCUUCUGGUAAUAAAGUGCUGUAUCCUGCACUCAGUAAACCAAACAUCUACCAAUCUGUAAAAGAUGAAGAUUAAAUAGCAGAAGAGCUAGUAUUAUUUAGGAGUUCCAUCUUGCAUUAGUUAAGUUAGAUAUUGUCCAAAACAUCACUUCAGGAAAGUGAGAGUUAAGUGAAUUACAAAUUUCAUAGCAUCACACCAUCCUUCUGUUUCAAUAAUCUCUUCUAGAUCAUUCUGAAAAUUCAUCUUGAGCUGCUCAUAGUUCAUACCAAGUGCCAGGGAUAAAUGAGUACUUGAUAUUGGGUAAUGCGUUGUUUCCUCCAAGUUCACCAUCUGCUAUAAUGUGAAGCACACAAUCAUGAAUGAAGUGUUGACAGCCAAUAAAUCGUGGUUCUUCCAGUGUUUAUAACUGAACUGCAGUGCCAUUUUUCCCUUCCAGUGUUCACAUUUGUAGUGUCAGUGGCAAUCCUCUUUAUAGUCGUCCAUAAAGUUUAUUCAUUGAGAACAAUUGUUAUUCCUUUGACCUCAGUAUCUGCUUUCCCAUUUGGUAAGUCUAGUGCUUCCAACUUGACUUCAUCCAUUUUUCAACACUAAUAUCUGACAUUCUUGGUUAUCAAAAUGCUUGCCAUCAAAAUGCAGCAACCAGCUUUCUAGGUGUUCUGUUUUCUUCAUUCCUCUUUUGCAUGUGACAGCUUCUUAUAUGGUAGAUCUGUAAAUACCUGGUUGUGAAGGGGUUUCAUUGUCAGUCUCACCUUCAGAAAACUGUCUGCAAAUGGUUGGCCACUUAGCUGAUUGAUAAUUUUGACCUUGUUCAUAAUUGGGUUGCAGUUUUUGUGUUGAUGUACUUGUUCCUUAUAUUUGGGGACGGUCCACCUGAACUGUGGGGCUCCUGAUAGUCAUUGUCAGACAGUUAUGUUGAUUUACUUGAAAUUGAAGUAGUAAUGUUGCUGUUGCUGCUGCUGCUGCUGAAGUAUGCUGUAAAGAUAUUUUUCUUCUUUUGAAUAGAUGGAUAAUCCUAGAACUCAGUCUUCCCAACUGUGUAACUAACAUGUUCUUUGCUUUUAGUCUUAGCAUGAUACAACCUUUUGUCCUCACUGCACACACAUUGUUUUCUUUUGUAAUGUGAAAAACUUCACUCAGUUAAUCAUAUUUUCCUCAUUUUACACAUUGAAAAUAGGUUUUUAGAACCGUAUUGAAGCAUGUACUACUGGAAUUGAUCAGAUUGAGCCAUUUAAUUCCUUUUGCCAUAAAAUCAAUAGUUCCUUCGCAAUUUACUGCACACAUUCUUCCCUGUCUGUCAUGGACUCUCCAAGGAAUAUAUAACAGCCAACAAUUUGUAUUUUGUGCAGUAUCCUGUUCAAGUUUUAAAGUGUUUGUGGUUAUAGUGGAACAGUUCUUAUUUUUCUAUUUGAUGCUUGAAAUUGUACUAGAUUCUUUGUCCAUAUCUUCUUGUUUAUUUCAGUGGUAGAAGCACUUACUUUAAAAUUCAUUAUGAUUACAAAUUGUACAUCAGCAGAAUGAUGGCUACGCACUCGGUUAAUUAUUUACUGCAUCAUCGCAAGAUGACGGUAAAGUCAGCUGCACUCACAAAGCAGCACAGCACAAAAUACACAAACCUUCAGGUUUUUAUGUUCCUUUAUUCCUGAAAGGGGAAUUUAUUUUCAAAUGUUCUGUUGCUGACCGGCUUGCCCACCUGUUAGCACGAGAGAAUAGAGAAUUAUGAAACAUAAGUGUUUCUAGAAAUUCAGUACUAAUUGCAAAAUUCAUUUACUACUACUAAUACUGUUUUACAAAUUUUGUGUUUGGGGGUAAUCUUGAACUAAACACAAUUAAGUCCUGUAUCGUUCAUUUUGAAUGAGGUUCAUUGGUUUACGACACAGGAAAUUAAAAAUGUUGCAAAAAAAUCAUAAUGUACACUGUAUGAUUUUUACCUUUGAGCUGUAUUGACCAAUUACGAAACAAUGUCAUUUGAAAGAUAGUCUUCCUGCCUACACACACAAUCAUUUUGAUACUGUCUUCCUGCAUCAGUGUUCUUGCUUAAGACCAUAGAAUUUCUACUCUCAGAGACAAAAGGGGAGAAAUAAUAGGCUUAUGUUACAAGCAGUCAAAUUGUUUUGAUGUUUUUAGCUUUACAGAACACUAAAUGGAUCUUGUCACUUCAGUGGUAGUGUGAUCCAUCGUGCUGCUUUAUGUCUAUUACUUCAUGGUGAGGUUUAACAGAAUCUAUACAACAUUUACAUUUUUAUACUAUGCUGAUAGCAUUUUAUUGUCAUCACAACCUCAUCCUCCUCAGUACCACAUGCUAAACUAAUAGUUACUUGCAUAUUUACUUUUAUGUUUUACGUAUGAAUUUGCAGUCAUUUCCUAUUGUUUACUUCUAAUAUUUGUAGCCGUCUAUAACCAGGGUGUGUGAUUUUAGGUUUAAAGUUUUGUGCAGCAUAUGUGGUUUGAAUAUCACUACACGAUCAGCUACAUACCUGUUGCUUCCAGAGAAUCUCUAUUUGGAACAUGUUUUAUAGAAGCAAAAUAAUCCAGUGGUUCAGUACCAGUUGCUUAUAAAUGUCUGCUUAAUACACUAUGUAUGUGCUGAAUAUUGUUCUCAUUAGAACAGUUACUGCCAGGUGAUAGGUGUUAGUAGGAUCUGAAUAAUAUAUUGAGCCAAGAGGUUGUAGGAAACAGUUAUUGGUGGCUGUGGAAUUGAUAUUUUAGUAAAUGGAUUUUUCUGUUAAUUUUGUUGGAAUAAAUUCUAGAUGAUGUACUGGAAGUAGAUUGAGAAUUUAUUGCAUGAUAACUAUGUGUUUUGUACAUAUUGUACAGUUGUAAAAUAUGCCAUUAAAUGUUGUGUACAUGUAGUCCAUAAUCAUGAUCUAAAUGUGUGUGUAUACCAUACUUCUUAAACCAUCUGUGAUAUUGCUAAACUGUAGCAGGUGUAAAAUAUCUUGGGCUUGAGAUUUCAAUCAGUAAUAUAUCAUUGUAAUUUGUUUGGACUGGAUGGAAAAACGUAUAUUAAUAUAAGUUUAAUUUACAGUAAGUGGAUUCAUCUGCCUCUGAAUAUUUGCAAUUACUGUCAGAGGACAGACACAUCUGGAAUGGUUAAGCAUUGCUCACCCAAGUUCUGUAUUUCAUUCUUGAAAAUGUGCCCAUUGAAGUUACAUCCAGACUUUAAUCUGUAAAUUGGGUUGGAGAAAAUUAACUACAUACUUGCAGUAUUGGUUCAAAUUGUAAUAAUUGAACUGUUGCAAGUAUGUGUAAAGUACGUUAGACAAGGAGCAAUUGUGUUGUUGAGUUGCGAAAAAAGGGCAAGAAUGUGUCAAUCAUGGUCAUGGCUAUUCAGAAAAUUAAAAUAGUGUUCAUCAAGCAACAAUCUUUAUAUUUUGUAAUUUUCGUGCUUGCUGAUUACUUGAAAAAUAUAACUGAAGAGAGAGAGCGGAUUCAAAUAUGUCAAAAAUGAAACAACAGUAUUUUCAUUUGUCAUGUUAAUGUGACAUAGUAAAUGAACUUUGAUGAAGUGAUUGGGAAGAAGAGGUGUAGAAGGGGGGGGGGGGGGGAGAUAGGAGGAGGGGUGAAUUACUAAUUUUGAAAUGAUCACUUAGUUCCAGAUGUAGUGGAGAAACUAUCUCAAAACAGAAUCUCUGAUAUAGUUGUGAUGAUCCUUUCUCAUUGCCAGAUGCUCUUCAUGCUGAGCUCUGCUCUGUGGGGUCCCCCAUACUGAUACUUCGAAGCGUUCUGUAUUCUCAGGGAUUCGUGUUUAACUUCUGAGCUUCAAUUGCCCCAUUGUUAAUAUUUGAGGAACAAUUUGGUAUUGCCUUCUGUUGUGCACUUUUCCUGUCAGUGUUGUAAUUUAUCAUCAUUUUCCUUGUCAUAUCCCUCAUCUGCAAACUACCUAACUACGACUCUUCACUAGAUAAUUGGCCAGCUGCUUGCAUUGUUUGCUUUGCAGGUCUUGAACUAUUCCUAUCUAUCUUGUUUUCAUGGAUAGUUCUGUGCUUCUAAAGCUAACACACACACUAUAAUUCUUGAUUCAAAAUAUGUAUUUGACAUAUUAUUGAGGACUGAAUUUUAUACUAUAUGACAUCCAAUUUGAUCUUCCCAAAUUUAGAGUUUCCUGUUGCUAAGGUAUGAAGUACAUAUGCUACAACUUACCUAUUCUUUUCAGCAAGAACAAUUAACAUAUUAAUUUAAUGUGACUCUUGAAUGAUGACAAGAGUGUGAAAAUUGAAUGUAUGGCAUGUAAUAUAACAGAGGUAUUUUCAAAAAAUUCUUCAUACUUGUUUAAGUAAUUUCAUUUUUCUUGUUUAUCAUUGUGUAAACCUAUUAAAGUGAAGAUCAUUGGACAACAAGGAAGAAGCAGAACUUCACGGAUUAGUUAUAGACCAGUGCUGCUAAAGAUACUGCUUGCCAAGUUUUUGUUAAAAAUUGUAGCCUUCCAUAAGACUAAAAGAUUGUAAUCUUUUGUUCUUCCUGUUAGAAAAAUUUGCAGUUAAAAAUAUACCUGUUCUGCAGGUAAUGUCAAAGGCAAAUGAUUAUAGCAUAGAUGGAAAUUUCAAUGUAAAUUUUUGUUCAGUACGUAACAUUUGUGAAUGGGACUUGAAUCUUAAUACCAAAGAUCCACUAAGCAGCUUGCAAUAUUAUGAAUCUCAUUUAAAGAUUUUUUUUUUCCUCGGACAAGCUGGAUUAUUUUACUGUCAGUGAAUCUCACACCACUUGUUAACUGAGCAUAUAAAUAUAUUUACCUUUGUAUUUUCUGGAUAUUUUAGUGACAUAUUCUUGGGGAUAUGUUAGAGGUAGAAGAAAACUGUGCAGCGAUUUUUAGAAAUAAAUUGCAAAUUAUUUUGUGUAAUUUUGUGGUGGUAAUAUUUGGUAAGAACUCUUUUGGAGCAUUGUGGGUAAAUUUUUAUAUAACAAUGAUAUGAUGAUUAUCAUUAUAUCUGUGUAGAGUUGGAAAAGGUCUAAGUCUGUUUCUGUUCAUUUGUCUAAUACAAAACCUACAAAUACUUCCAUUCGGCUUUAUUUGUUGUUUUUUCUGGACAAUCAUGUAUCAUUGAAUGUUGUGUGCAUAGUUUAGCAGUUAGUAGAAUUAAUGUACACCUAGUUAGUUGAUCCAUGGAAAGCCUGUGUAAUAUUAAGCAGAAACAGUUUUAUUUAUAUUAUACUGCAGAAGGGACUCAAUAUAACUUAAUUGUACAAAUAUAUUAUACAAAUGAGCUAUGAUGUAGGUGAAUUUCACCUAAAAUUUUGUAAUAUAGCACAACUUUAGCUGGCAUUGAUGUGGACUGAUUGUAAAUGGUAGCUGUUAUAUCGCUGUUGCAUUAGAUUCUGUGACCAAAUG